CCUUAUUUAACCAUUUCUUUUUGGAACAGUUUGAAUCAAGAAGCAUCAAUUAAAAUAAAACUUCUCCAACUCGAGUGUCACUUCACUUGGGGUUUGAGAAAAGUUGAUCCCGACCUGAAAGACCUGCAGGACAGACUUCAGGAACAAAUUGGGCUUGGCCAUGGCGGAGAUACAGGGACCAUUUGCUCCUACAACCUUCUGGCUUAUGUAAAUCACCUGCAAGGUUUCAAUGAAGAAGCAUUAGAAAACCUAAGAAAGGCUGAAGAAUUUAUAAAGAAACAGCAUGGAGAUGAAUAUGGGAAGUUUCUCAGUAUUACUUAUGGAGAUUUUGCCUGGGUGUACCAUCACAUGGGUGACCUCAGCAAAGUCCAGAGCUACCUGGACAUGCUGGACAAUAUUAACAAGAGAUUCCUGGCCACCUCUCCAGCUGACCUCCAGCCUGCUGUAUAUGGGGAGAAAGGCUGGAGCUGUUUGAAGUACAACCGGAAAUACUACACAACAGCCAAAGAGUGUUUUGAAAAGGCUCUGAUAGUGGAGCCAGAAAAUGCUGACUGGAAUGCAGGGUAUGCUAUCGCACUUUAUCGGCUUGAAGGGUUUGAAUCAGAACGGAUUAGUGCUAAGGACUCAGCUGCCCUGAAACAGCUAAGAAGAGCACUGGAGCUUAACCCAGAAGACUGUGUGAUCAUGGUCCUGCUGGGCCUGAAGCUUGCACAUUUAAAAAAAAACAAGGAAGCUGAAGAGCUAGUGGAGAAAGCUCUGGAGAUGUCACCAGACAACCCCUAUGUUACACGGUACGUGGCCAAGUUUUUC